AUGGCUAGACCUAAGCAUCAAGUAGAGCCUGCCGAUCUCAGGCAUCUACCUCGCAUGUUGGAGACUCAUAGGCGUGCCUUCUCCGCAGACCCUAUGUUUGGCUACAUAUUCACUAAGGGCGAUCAAGCUAGCAUCGCCCGCUCGAUGUUGCUUGCGCUCUGUCAGAAACUCUUCAUCGUGGUCAUUACGGCUUAUUUCAUGGUCUGUCGUGACAAUUAUCAGAUCGGUGGCGGCGUUGCGUACAUAACAUGGAACCCAGCAUCGGAGUUCUCCCCGCCGCCCGAUUGGUUGUACAUGUUUAUCAUGAACUUCUUCCAGCGCCUGAAGACUAUCCUAUGUACCCCAGAGCAGCAACGACGCGACGCUGAAUAUGGAACGAAGCUCGCAGAAGCGCGGACAAGUGUUCUUGGAGAGGGUUCCCAUGAACUUAUCUGUCUGAAUGUUCUCGCCGCCGACCCCGUAGUGCAGGGUCGAGGCUACGGUCUUUCGCUCUUGACGCUCUUGUGCGCGAUGGCCGAUGACCAGAAUCGCAAAGUUUGGCUGACCUCGACCAACACCAACAACACGAGAUUCUAUGAGGCGAGCGGGUUCAUCACCGUCAGGGACAUCGUAUUAGGCCAGGAUAAUCCUGUGCACAAGGCGAAUCCUGUUGUGAUCAAGUUCAUGGUGCGUGAACCGAGGCGACGUGACUAG